AUGUUCCGAGGGACUGUGCUCCGUGCGUUUGCUGCGAUCGUGCUGUUAGUCGGGGUUGGCAAGGCGGCACCCCUUGAAAGGGACAUCGUCCCUACGGUUACGCUGGACAAGGGGACCUUCGUCGGUUUGAACGAGGGAACGGUGUACAAGUACCUGGGUAUACCUUUUGCUCAGCCACCGGUAGGAGACUUGCGAUUCAAUCUACCCGUCGCGAACAGCCCCUACAAUGGGACGCACAGCGCGAUAGCAUUAGGAGCUGCGUGUCCACAGCAAGCUGUAUCGCUACCGAUAGGCACCGGGCUCGUCGCUGACGCGGUCGCCUUCAUCGUCAACUCGAUAUUUCAGAUCGUCACCGGCAGCGAGGAAGAUUGCUUGACGAUCAACGUGGUCGUUCCCUCGACGGCCACAUCUACGUCCAAGCUUCCCGUGGUCGCCUGGAUUUUUGGAGGCGGGUUCGAACUUGGUUCUCCGGGCAUGUACGAUGGAGGCGUUAUCGUAGAACGUUCCAUCGAGCUUGGAGAGCCUAUCAUCUACGUUAGCAUGAACUAUCGAGUAUCUGCAUUUGGAUUUCUCGCAAGCCAAGAAGUAAAAGAUGCCGGAGUAGGUAAUCUCGGUCUGCAGGACCAACGAUUGGCGCUGAAGUGGAUUCAAAAAUACAUAUCUGCUUUUGGGGGAGAUCCCGACAAAGUCACGAUAUGGGGAGAGAGUGCUGGUGCUAUAUCUGUAGCAAUGCAUAUGCUCACUAACGGUGGUGACACCGAAGGCCUGUUCCGAGGCGCGUUUAUGGAAUCCGGAAGCCCGAUCCCUGUCGGUGAUAUCACGCAUGGGCAGGCAGUAUAUGACGCAAUCGUGGAUGAAACGGGGUGUACAGGCGCAUCGGACACUUUGCAAUGUCUCCGCGAGCUUCCGUAUACGACGCUCAAGGCCGCCGUGGACAAGUCUCCUAAUAUUUUUUCAUUCCAGUCGCUAAAUCUGGCUUAUCUUCCUCGUGUUGACGGAAAUUUCUUGACGGACGACCCGCAGAAAUUAGUACAAAGCGGAAGCGUGGCUGACAUUCCAUUUGUCAAUGGCGACUGUGAUGACGAAGGGACCCUAUUUACUCUGGUAUUGCUCAAUAUCACGACCGAGCAGGAAGUGCGGGACUACGUAGUUCAGAACUAUGUCCCGGAAAUUUCGGAUUCGGAUCUUGACACGCUGCUCACGCUUUACCCUGCUGACCCGACGCAAGGAUCGCCCUUCGAUACUGGUAUUCUGAACGCCUUGACUCCGCAAUUUAAGCGACUCGCCGCAAUGCAAGGUGAUCUCGUGUUCCAGGCCCCGCGCCGAUUCUUCCUGCAGCAGCGAUCUGCGAAGCAGAAGAUCUGGUCUUUCUUGAGCAAGCGACUUAAAGCUCUUCCUGCUCUGGGGGCUCUCCACGCCUCGGAUAUACUUGAUAUCUACGGCACCGGCGAGAUGCGUGAUUACCUCGUGCAUUUCGUCAACAAUCUCGAUCCCAAUGGAGACACGGGCACCACGUUCAACUGGCCUCAGUAUACGAACGACAGCCCUCAGCUGUUGACGUUCCUCGAUGACCUCACUACGCCGCUGCAGAUAACCCAAGACAAUUACCGCGUCGAUGGUAUGCAAUUACUGACCCAGCUCAGUCUCGCCGAGCCGCUGUAA